AUGUUUGCAGGGCCCAGAGCAGGUGAUCAGCGAAAUGUUGGAGCAGUUCCGGAAAAGAUGCAAACUAUGAAUAUUAAUUGUACCGAAAUUUAUGGUGCUGUGGAAGAGAAAGUUGAUGAUCCGGAUAAGAAGGCGCGAGUAAUUAGCAUCUCAUUUCUUUUUCCUUUCAAAUCCGUGCUAGUUAUCGCCUUUUUGUCUCUCUGCGCUCAGCAAGCACUGCGUCGGUUCCAGUUCUGUUUAUAA